UCAUAACGAAUGACCCCAUCAACACUGCAAGUUAGCAUACCGUUAGCUCGUGUUUUUAGCACCAACUUGUUCAUGUAGGAAUUGACAGACGGAGAACUGCAGUUUUUGAAGCCGUCAAUAGGAUACUGCUUGAGGAAAGAGUAUAUUGUUUCUUUGGAAUGGCCUCAUGAAACCUGAACACAAAGACUGUAAGGAAUGACACUUAGAUGGGCUCCAGAUACCUGUGUUCUUAAGCUCAGCCGAGCUGUUAACUUGUGGCAUACACAAGUUCAAAGACCAGCAUAUUUUCCAUCGUCUCCUUUGCGAACACCUCAUUGCAGGCUCCACGUAAGACAACCUUUUAGUCCCAAGGUUGGCAACCUCAGCUGGAAGCAUGUCCAAACCAAAAAGAGCAGAGGACAAAAGGGAUGGCUGUGCAGAGCUAGCCAGUUGAGGCAAAGGCUUGCCCUCCACACCAAUGCCUACUGUUUGAACAGCUCAGCAUCCCGCUGGUCUGCUCUGAGCCAACACAUGUCGCGCAUCAGGAGCACUCUGGACUCUGUCUCCAAAGCAGUGAGCGGGACGCACUCUGACCUCAUCUCCAAAAUAGCUAGACUCAAACCUAAUGCCGUUAAGGCAGGGACAGAUGUUGAGAAUAGCCCUGAGGUAGCUCCCCAGGCUCGGGUAAGCCAAGUGAGUUCAACCAUCCCAGAGGAAGCUUCUGACCCAACUGGUACAGCCGUCGGGCCUAGUGCUACUCUUGCAUCUGCCACGUCUCCUCAAGCUACACCUGCCCCUACGCCCAUCAAUGUUAUUCUUACCUCCACACAUACCUCUAACGUUGGCCCGGCCAGUGCCACAGGCACCAGUGGGGGUGAGUUCAGGGACAAGAGACUCAGACGCGUUACGACCACGGUCAAAGCCACUGAGGCCACAAAGGUGGCUCAGGCAAAACCACCAGAGAAUGUGUCCAAGAGCACCAUUGUCUCCAAACAGACAGCGCCACUCUUCCACCCCAGCUCCCUCUCUGUAAACCUGGACGAGACCUACAAUUACCUUGCUCACCACGUCAAUGCCUACUUUGGGAGCAGCACAAAAGAUGAUGAGAAGAAAGCAGACAGUGAACACAGUGGUGCCAAGUCUUAUCCUUCCAAUCAACCCAGUGAACUCUUGCCUGUGUCAGAAGCUCCUGGUCCAAGUGCUGCAACUUCUCCAAAAAAGGGAAUAGGGCACUACCUGUCCUACUCAGGCCCAACUGUCCAGGCGUUUGUAGGGAAUUAUAUUGCUCCCCUGGUUCCUAAAUUUCGGACUGAGGCCAGGAGUGCAGCUGUGGAAAAGGAGAAGCUUUUGCCAGCAAAGGUUCCGGCAAAACAAGAGGAGGUCCUGGUGAAUAAGGAACAGAAGGCGUCUGAGGAGAAAGCUAAGAGACUGCUACUUCAGAGAGAGAAGAUCAUCGCUAGGGUGAGUGUUGACAACAGAACACGGGCCUUGGUCCAUGCUCUACACAGAGCCUCAGAUGUAAGGAUCUACAUCAACAGGGUUGAGGACCUUAGCUACCAUCUCCUGGAGUUCCCUGAGACACGAGGUGUAGCUGUUAAGGAGAAGGUAGUCCAGUGCCUGCUGCGUCUGAGGCAGGCCAGUGACCCGGCUCUGAAGGAAGCAGUCUCCCAGGCCCUCACUCUGGUGGGCUAUAACAACCCUGUCAAUGGCCGCGGCAUACGCAUCCUGUCCAUAGAUGGAGGGGGAACUAGAGGUCUGGUUGCUCUUCAGACUCUGCACAAACUGGAAGCCCUGACAGGCAAACCCAUUUACCAGCUGUUUGAUUACAUCUGUGGUGUCAGCACAGGUGCCAUCCUGGGCUUCAUGCUGGGUGUGUUCCAGAUCCCUCUGGAUGAGUGUGAUGACCUCUACAGGAAGCUAGGUUCUGAUGUUUUCAAGCAGAACGUUUUUGUGGGCACGGUGAAGAUGGGCUGGAAUCACGCAUUUUACGACAGCGAGACCUGGGAGAACAUCCUCAAAGAGAAAAUGGGCUCACAUCUCAUGGUGGAGACAUCAAGAAACCCCAACUGCCCAAAGGUGGCAGCAGUGAGCACCAUUGUGAACCGAGGCUCUCUGAAGGCAUUCGUGUUCAGGAACUACAAUCUGCAGCCUGGGGUGAGAUCCCACUACCUGGGGGGGUGCCAGCACAAGCUGUGGCAGGCCAUCCGAGCCUCCUCCGCUGCCCCUGGAUACUUCCAGGAGUUUCCCCUGGGCAACGACCUCCACCAGGACGGUGGUCUGCUCAUCAACAACCCCACAGCGUUGGCCAUUCAUGAAUGUAAGUGCCUGUGGCCCAACACGCCAGUGCAGUGUGUGGUGUCCCUGGGCACAGGCCGCUACGAGACCGCGAGCAAGAACAGCGCCACCAGCACCAGCCUCAAAACCAAGAUCUCCAACGUCAUCAGCAGUGCCACAGACACGGAGGAGGUUCACACCAUGCUGGACGCCCUUCUCCCUCCCAACACCUACUACCGCUUCAACCCCUACAUGAACGAGGAGAUCGCCCUGGACGAGAGCCGUCAUGAGAAGUUCAACCUGCUACAGGCCGAGGGCAUGCGCUACCUGGAAAGGAACGAGGAGAAGCUGCAGAAGGCAGCCCGUAUCCUCACCCAGGAGAAGAGCCCUGCCCAGAGGCUGUCAGAGUGGCUGAAGCUCAAGGCAGACAUGUACGAUGGGAUGUCCUCUUUCUCCUCCUCUAAGCUCUGAACACAACUCAAGCUCUCAUGCUGCACAGUACCUCCAACUUGUGGUAAUACCUUUCGAAAGUACAUGGAAAUAAAAUACACCCCUGGAGUGCGAAGUUUUAGUUAGACGUUUAGGAGUGGACAGUUAAAGCUCACCUCACAUCCCUGACCUCUGAUUCACUCAGCUUAACGACUUUGACACGAAGGUUAAUAUUGUUAAAAGGCAUUUAGGACUUUUUAAUGGCUGUGCUAAAAUGCUUUUCUGUCAGCACUAAGGGGAGAAUUCUCCAUUCGAAGGAUGCAUAUUCCAGGUAAAGUUAACUAUACCCAACAGAAGCUUAUUAUACUCUAAACCAGAGUAGAUAAUGUAACAAAACCUAUAGUAGCUGAAGUACAGUGAUUUUGGACAUCUUUGGAAUGUGGGGUUUGCCAAAUAAUCACUUUUAAUCUUUUUAUUUUCCUUAAACAAUAAGUGAUGGUAUCUAGUGUGAAUAUUUUUCUCUCAAUCAUACUUCUGAUUCAAUAUACUGUAGAAAUCAUCUCACCUUCACUCGAGUCCAAGUUGGCACCAACCAAAAUACUGUAACAGUGGAAGGUCACUAGCUUGUCAAGUAUAUAGCUUGUCAGACGUACGUACGUGCAUGUGUGUUUCAGAAAAAUGCAACAUGGCUCAAAUUCGGACAGACUGGUCAUUUGACAUUUCUAGAACUUGCACUAUUUACACCGAUGUAGCUAGGGAUCUUUUACUUCGGUGGUUGCAUUAAUGAUGCUCUUAUAGGUACGCGAGGGUGUCGUAUUUUGAAUAUACUGUAUAGAUUAUUAUGUAUAAAUGGUAUUAAGAGGAAGUGUAGCCACUGACCAUCUCAUGCACAUAGCUGCUUCAUGCACAACAUUGAGAAAGCUGAUUCACUGUUUUAUGACUGCUUUAGAUUAAAUAUUUAAUUAUGCGUAGAUUCAAAUAGAGUAGAUACGUAGUGCAAAGACACUGAAGACACUCUUGAAUGACAACAAAAAAUGAUUGCGAUGCUGUAGUAGUGGAAUAUAGUUCAAGCGGAUAUUCUAUUUAUGUUUUUCGAUGUUAAUUGCUUCUUUGCACAAGUGAUUUAAUUGAUAAACUGCAAGUCAUUAGCACAUUGCAGUCAAUCUCCAAGGUGUUGUGGAUGCCAAAUUCUUAUAUUGAAUACCUCUUCUCCAGUCCUACUGUACCUGGCAGUGCUGUUUCCGAAAUCCUGCUACAGUAUGUGUUGUAUGAAUUAUGCAGGUUCGGCAGAAGGACUUGUAUGUACAACACUGCUUACUGCUAAUGCUCCUUAGUGGCUGUUACUGUAGUGGUUUAGCCAAUCAUGUCUUAGCUUUAAAAAACACACAGAGGCCAGUUUCAACUGUCAAUUUAGGUUGAUUCCUAUGCAGCUUCUGUGAUAAUUAUGUCUUUAUCACUCCGGAGGGAAACAAGGUAAAUAGGCACUGACAUUGACCAGAUAUGUUUAAUCCUGCAUUCUCCUAUUGAUCCCCAAGUAAGGAGCGUGUGUGGAUGUAAUUAAAAUCCAUCUCUGAACCACCCUGACUAUAGAUGUUUUCUUAUGGGGAUUAGAUGAUGGUUAUCUUUGGAGCACCUGUGUAUUUUAAUAGUAAUUGCUUCAUUGUCAUGAACACCAACAGGAAGUCCUUUUUGUCAUGUUUUAAAGUACAGUUGGUAAAGCUUGUCGUUCCAAAGCACCCUUGAACCUGACUGACUGCAGAAACUCACCUUGGCUGUUCAAAUAAAA